CAUCACACAUCCCGGGAGCCAGCCCCUAAACCCGGCCCCGCCCCAGCCUCCUGUCUCGGGACCCCGCCCUUGCUCCAGGACGCCACCCCCACCAACCCGGCCCAACAUGGACCAAGCACUCUGCCCCAGCACUGGGAUCCUGCCCCUAAGCCUGUGCCUCUCAAGAUUAGAUCCACUGAUUUUUUUAGAGCUUUUUUUCUGUUUUCCAAGCCGUGAAGGAUUCUUUUCUUUUGGAGGUCGUUGUCCACGAACUGCUGUUUUUUAAAUAUAGCAGGAAAUGGGAACUGUGUUUGGGCAUUCCCAACAAAGGAAGCACAGGACUGACAACCCACAGCUACUGCUGCUUUGACUUGCAGUUGCUUUUGCCCAAACAAUGGUGACUGAUGCCUCAAGUAACCUGUAGAGGUCUAUAGUUAGGUCUUGAAACUAUAAGGGAGCAGAGGGAGCAUUUGUGGGUUUGUUUGGGCCAGGAAGAGGCAAAGCUCAUGCUCUGCCAGGCCUGGUGAUGGCAGCUGUGAUCUUCCUUUCUUACAGGCAGCUACUUCCAUCAGUAGAAUAACAGAAAUGGUGGUCCAGAGGUUUGGAACCUACUGUACAGGAGAUCUUAAUAUUUCACAAAUGAUAUGUCCAGUAGUAACACCCAAAGGAGUGCACCAGUUCAUAAUGCAGUCACAAAGAUCACAGAUACUCCCGUCUCAGUAAAAUGUAGCUCAAUGGCCUACAAACUUCUGCUUGAGUUCAACUUCCAACCCUUCCUCAACAUAGCCUUCAAUAUUAUGAUAAGCUGCUGACGUGCUCGAGAACUUGGGCAGGAGUAGAUGGAGUUGCUCUUGAGUAGCUCCAUUCCUUUCUUUGUAAGAGGGCCCAGAGAGUAGCAUUGGGGAAUUGUUCAUUGGCUCAGAGGGCUCUCUCUUAGGAGCCACCAGGAGAGUUUGUAAUUAAGUAUGGAUUAGUGUCUUCCAUAUGCUAAUAUUACUCAGUGACUGUAUAUUUCAAUCUUUUUGGACUUUGCUGAUGUGAUUGUAAUAAUGAUCUGGGCAUAGCUGAGGGCUCAUAGACCAGACUAGUAUCAUAAAUACAGGGCAGAGAAGCAACCAAAAGAAACUGUAUUUUGUUUUAACAUUUUUAUAACAUAUAACAAGUGAUGAUUAUUUCCCUCUUGCUCAAUUAUGUCUGUCAUUCCCUGCUGUGUUCCUUCCACACCUACACAUACUGUUAGACUCCCUUCAUUGCUCCCAGACUGCCAGCAGGGUACAAGGCGAUAGCCAUGGUCUCUUCUCCCAUCAGAAGGGGAAGGAGAAAGUUACCAUUGGGUGUUGUUCUCUGGUGGGCUUGGCUGUGUCUCUACUGAGCCUGCUAUUUGUAAUACCCACCUGACCUUUCUUGCCUCUCAUCUUUGAGUAUAGGGCUCACAGGACCCCUGUUUUCCACAAAAUGUGUCAAUAGCUCAGUCCAACUGUGAUUGCAGCUCCAGGUGCUGAACAUAGACAGUUACUAUACAAAUCACACACUGCUGCUAGAAACCUUGUCCUUCAACAAAGUUCUCAAGCAAGUGCCUAACUUUAAGCAUGUGAGUAGUUCUACUAGAGUGAUUGAGGCAUAAAAUUAAGAAUAUGCUUAUAAUGCUUAGAUACAGAUCUCUACUGUUUGAACUAAUGGAAAAGUCCCUUAGCUACUACUAGCAAACCCCAUAUUCUCUGUCUGAGUCAACUGCUAAAGUGAAACUUGAUUAUAUGCAUAAAUCCAGUACAUUACAAAAGGAUCUAAAUCUUAUUAGGGGCACAUUGGGGGAAGCCCUGCUAAAUGUAAGCUUUCAGCAUUUUAUUGUCUCUUUAGCAUAAAAGGGGGACAUUAAUAUACAAUACCUUCCAGUGUAGGCAUUGGGAUUUUAAGCUGAUGAUGAUAUUUUAAACACUAUUUUAAAGCUGUGAUGUUAGUAUUGCUUUCCUGGAAUUAAUUUGAUUGUUAUUCUUCAUGCCUUAUGCUUUUCAUUGUACUGUCUCCUAUUACUUGUUACCCAUAGACUUUACAUCUGUUUCUUCUAAAUCAGUGAUACAGGACUGAAAAGCUUUCUUUAAUUACAGAAAUAACUUGCUGCCAAAAGAAAAACAACUUUAUAUUGGUGUGAGAGGUUUGCUUCCUGUUAAUGUUAUAUAAGGUUAAAUUUAAUAUUUUGCCUCUCAUUCUUACUGAUUUGUCUCCUAUAUCUGUUUGUCUCAGUGGGCCCAAUCCUGUCACUCCAACUGGUCUUCAGUGGUACUAUUUAUAAGAGUAAGCCUUACUUUUAGGACUAAGUCUUGCUGAAUUGGACCCUUUCUCUAGUCCCAGGAGGAUGGAAAAGGAGGAAAGAAAUAUACCCGAUUGGGUGGGGUUUGCAUAUGGAGAACAACGUGAGAUAUUUUGUUCUCAAGAAAAAAAAAUGGGAGGAGUGCCAGGUUUUUUACUCCACCCUUCAGAUCUGUCCAUUUAAAGGCACUUGUUGUUCCAACACUGCAGUUUCACUCAAAGGCAACAAACAUGGCAAAACAACAGAACAAAUUAGUUGAUGAAAUAGAGAAAGUGCUGGAAAAGUCUAAAGGGUUUUCCCUUAAGGAUCUGCUGUUCUUCUAUCAGGGAACCCCAUACCCUGUCUCUGUAUGCAGUGCAGAGACAUUCCAGGCCCUGGAAAACUUAGAAGCCAGAAGAGAUGAUAUGGUGUUGGUGUCUUACCCCAAAUGCGGUGCAAAUUGGCUUAUCCAGCUCUUAAAUGAUUUGAUAUUUACAACUUCCCAGACUAAACAUAUAAACACGGAGCUGCCAUUUAUUGAAUGUGGAGAUCCAGAAAAAUAUCAGAGGAUGAAACAGUUUCCAUCUCCAAGGAUUUUGGCAACACACCUCCAUUAUGAUAAUCUCCCCAAGUCUAUCUUCAAGAAUAAAGCCAAGAUACUAGUGUUGUUUCGAAAUCCUAAAGAUACAGCUGCAUCGUUUUUUCAUUUCUAUAACAAGGCCUUAGACGUCCCCAGUUAUAACUCCUGGGAUGAGUUCUUCUCAGAGUUCAUGAGUGGAAAAGUCAGCUGGGGUUCCUAUUUUGACCACGCGGUUGCCUGGAACAAACACAUUGAGGAUGAAAAUAUUAUGAUUAUAACAUAUGAAGACCUGAAAGAGAAUCUGGCUUCUGGAGUGAAGCAAAUAGCUGAAUUCUUUGGAUUCUCUCCAACGGCAGAGCAGAUUCAGUUUAUUGCAGACAGGGGAAGCUUCGAAGCAAUGAGAGAAAAAUCCCAGGAGAUCUAUGGCUCAGUUGGUCCGAUUCUCUUCCGUAAAGGUGCUGUUGGAGAUUGGAAGAACCUUUUUACUGAAGCUCAAAGCCAGGAAAUGGAUGCUAAAUUUAAAGAGAGUUUAGGGGGAACCAAGCUGGAAGCAUAUCUGAAGUAUGAUGUGCACUGCAAGGCCUGAGAAUGGUUACAGAAAAGUCUCACUUUGAUAUGUGCUUUUAAAUUUUUUUUAUAUACUCUAAAAGGAAUACUUUAAAUCAGGAUGAAUAUCUCAGUUGUAAUUUGUAGCUUGUUAGUGUAAGAUUACAUUUCUGCUAAGUUUGGUUCUGUCAUAUCAGCAUGCAGGCUUCAGUUAGGUAAAACACUUAAGCACAUGCUUAAUUUUAAGCACCUGCUUAAAUCCUAGUGUAGCCAGUGGGAUUACUCAUAAAUUAAGCAAGAGUUUAAGUGUUUUGUGGACCAGAGAUAAGAUUACUUGCUUUAAAUUAAAUUAUGCUUACAUGGUUUGCAGAAUUGAAGCUUGAAUGAAGAAGUGUUAUCUAUCCAUGUGUAGGUUGAAAUUUUGAUGUAAGCAAGUUAAGAGAGACAUAAGUGGUGCUGCCCCAAAAUUCAGUUCACUGUUCCUCCUAAAUUGGGAAGUGUUAUGCAAAGACUAUUGAAGGCCGAGAAAUAAUGAAAAGGGAACUAGAGUGGUGAGCGCAAAUUAAUAUAAUAGGUGUAAAUUCUAACAAAGUCAUUUAGUGGGAGCAAGGUACUUGGAAAGCAGUGAUGGAAAAGAGACCAAAGGGUGAUUGUGGGCUGCUAGUGAGACAUGAGUUUGUAAUAUGACAUCGGCAACAAAAAAGCCAAUUCAGUUUGGGGCUGCAAAUCCAAAGGUUUUGUAUCAUGGACCAGGGACGUGACAUGCCUUCGGUGUGUGACCGUGGGGAGAUUGCACCAGGAUUACUCCUGUAAUUUAGGACACCUAGAUACCAGAAAAACUUAGCCAAAGUGGGGAAAAUUCAUGGAAAAGCAACAUAAGUGAUCAGGGAUUUAUAAGGAAUAAAAUAGUGUAACUAUGCACUAUGGAUCGUUGUAUCUCCAUUAUUAUACUAGAACAGAAAGAGUGGAAUUGAUUAGAGUGCUGAAAUAGUUAGGAAUAAUGGGAUGAAAGUGAGGAAAGAAAUGUUUAGAGUGCAUAUCAGAAAACAUUUCCAGAACCCUAACUGUGGAAGUGUCCCAACAGGUUUCUACAGCUUCUCAUCGCGUGCAUGAUUUUAAAACUAGAUUGGAGAAAGCACUUGAGCAUGUACUAUAAAGAACAAUUCUACAGAGGCAAUGGGAUGGACUAGACCUGCUAAGCUUUUUCCAUCUCUGAUUUCUAUAGCUCAAGGAGUUAUCAGUCUAUGCUCACUGAUGAAAAUGAGCUAUGUUUCUAAUAUUAUUAAAAUGUACUUUGGGCUAGAUUGUGCAUUUAGACACAUUCCCCUCAAGAGCAGGGCCGGCUUUAAGCCGAUUCGGCCGAUUCCCCAGAAUGGGCCCCCGUGCCUAAGAGGGCGCCACAACGUCCGGGGCUGCCGGCAGAGCAGGAGGAAAGGAAAAAAA